AUGAGGAGCUUGGGCUUCGCCCUCUAUCUGAGCAUCGUCGGCGUCGGGAGCUUCAUCAGCGGCUUCCUCGUCUUGGUAAUCCAGAAAGUCGGCGCCUGUUUGGGGGAGGACUGGUUCUCUGACAAUCUCAACCGUUCCCACCUCGGCUACUUCUACUGGGUGCUGGCGGCGCUGAGCUCCGUCGAGCUUGUCUUGUACCUGUACUUCGCUCGUUCCUUCGUCUACAACCAGAGAAAGAAGCGGAGCGGCGCCGCUUGA